AUAAUGUGUGAACUAAGGUGGAACUAAGCCUAAAAUCUCAGAAUAAGUUCUAUCUGACAGGUGUCAAUCCCUAGUGAUAUAGUGAGGUCCCCUUUCCCUUCCCUGACAAUCUUUUGACAAAUGAUUCAAAUGAAAUGACAUUGUGGAAUGUUUUUUGUGUUUAGAGGUACUUACAAAAAAAAGUAACAUCAGUUGAAAAUUGUGCCAUUUACCUAUUCAUAUUUUUCUGGAUUCCUACUUAAAUUAUUGUUCACUUUGACCCUCCACACGACAUAUUCACAUCCCUUGAGGGAGACCAGCAAUGGUGGACUACUAUAGGGUACUCGGUGUUACUCGAGCCGCUUCCGAGGCAGAAAUAAAAAAGGCUUACAGAAAACUAGCAUUGAAAUGGCAUCCUGAUAAGAAUCCAGAUAAUGCAGAUGAAUCUAACAGACGAUUCAAGGAAAUAUCUGAAGCCUAUGAAGUUCUGUCUGAUGCAAACAAGCGGAAAGUAUAUGAUGCACGGGGAUCCAGUCAUCACGCGCACAGAUAUCAAAGCAAGAACGGAGUCAAUGGGCAUCGCCACUUUAACUUCAGAGGGUUUUUCGGAGAAACGCCAUUCCACCGCUUUUUUGAAAGAAAACGGCGAGUAUAUGAUCAGUAUGGCAAAGAAGGGCUGAAUAACGGCAGAGGCAGGCGUUCAGCUCCCGACGAUGAUUACGACUUCGGCUACCCUAGCUUCCCGUUCACAUUCCGUGACCCCGAAGAGGUUUUCAGAGAAUUCUUCGGCGGGUCUCCAUUCGGCGAUUUAUUUCCUGAAAUCAACGGUCAUGGACACGGUCAUCACAGGCACGGUCGUCGGAGCCACCCCAGCACUUCCCUCACUUCAUCCCUGUUCAGCCCGUUUGGGUUCGGCAUGCAAGGACUCGAUGACAUAUUUGCACAUGCCGCAUCGAAUGGGAACACGUUCACUUCAUUCUCUACAUUCAAUAGCUCAUUAGCGGGACCCGGCAGCGCUAACAUGAGAAGUACUACCACUACGACGCGCAUUGUUAACGGGAAAAAGAUCACGACUAAAAAGGUGACAGAAAACGGUCGGGAGACAGUAAUGUCGUACGAGAACGGGGUCCUGAAAUCAAAGACUGUUAAUGGCGUACCUCAAUCAUUAACAUAUAGUUAAACUAUUAUUUUGAUAGCUUAUAACCAAACUUGAUCCAAAUGUACUCAACAUGUUUUGCGAUUUAUGAGUUCCAACUUAUAAUUUAUAAUUUUGCUUUAUUUAAACAUGUUGUUCCAGUCACUUUAAAUUUUAGUGGUGGAAAUGUCUAAACUAAAAUAAUGCCUAUCUAAUUUUAGUUGUAAUAGGUUACUGUUUGCUUCUAUACCUACUUAUGUUAACUUUAAAUAAUUGUAAUUUGAGUGAGAUUUUAGAGUAUUGCUCAAUGUAUAAAUCUCGCUCUAGGAAUUUUAGGUUCCGUUUGUCGUCGCUCGUAUAUUGCUGAUGAUCUCUGACUUAAUAACGAGUUUGUAAUUAUGAAAAUGACAUCUUUACUAUUACUUUGUGUACAGCGACGAUAAUUUAAUAAUUUGCUGCCAAGGUAAGUUUUUUUUUAGCAAAUAGUGUAUAGACAUAAUCACAUUUAUUAUUAAUUUCGACUUUGUAAAAAAAACGACGUACGAUAGAAAGUUUGAUAUACAACAAAUUCGAGUAAAAUUUGAAACAAAUUAAUGAAACAUAAUUUCAAUUGAUGGCAUUUUAAUUUUUUAGUUUUAUUUUAUAAGGUAUUUCAUGUUGAUAGAAAAGCUUUAAUUGACUGGAAAAAUAUCGUCAGAUUUUUCAAUAUCACUUGCGUAUUUUUACUAUGUGGUACUUAUAAUAAUGUUAAAAUAAUUGUCUGUGUAGCAAACAGCUCUCCUAUACUUAUGAAAUUACCUUAAAAUAUCGAUUACGAGUAGGCAACCCAAUUCCUUGUAGACAUUCAUAGAUGUGUGUCCAACCCAAUAAUAGAAAUUUUCUAAAAUUUUCUUCUACAUUCAUUACAAUACCAAAUAUUUGAAUGUUCGUACCGAUAUGUACUUAGUGAUGAUCAAAAAUAAAUGUUCACCACUAGUGUCAUUCUCCAAGUCACAAGACAACAUUAAAACAUUGUACAUUACGUUCAUUGACACAAUAUUGCCUUAUCAGUGGUGGUAAUUAUUUUUGAUCUAAAGUAGAUUUUAAAUAUAUCAUCAAAAACAUAUUCACAGUUAAUUGUUUGAUGUCAUCAAAUAUUUGACUUUAGGAAAAUAUAUAAUGUAGAAGACUGUAUUGUAGUCAUAUUCUGGAAUUCUGCACCCACGUGACACAAACAAUGUAUUGUGUUUUACUUAUCUUUGUAUAACAUAUAAAUUAAUGUGUUUGCCAAAAAAUAGCUUUGUAAGUUAGAUUUUGCCAAGUUUUGUUCAAAUUUUGUAUUGGGUGAAUGAUAAAGUCAUUAAUUUAAAGUUAAACCGAUAUUGUUUCAUAGGGUUAAAUACGAUUAAAUUUCCAUUUGGAUGUUAAAAAUGUACUUAAUAUUUUGUUGCGACGAAAAAAUCUAAUUGUUGGAAGUUUAAUAAGUUCCAUGAUAUUCUAAUAACUUAGUGCCGCCAAUCCAGCUUACAUUAGUAAAUAGUGCCAUUACUAAACCAGAAGAAGCAAGCCUUAGCACACAUUAAAUGUAAAUAAUAACGUUUAACUGCAAGAUCUCGUUCUUAAAUUGUCAGCAACUAUUAAGCACUGCAGGAGGAAUUAAUAAAUAAAAAUAAUUUCUA